UUUUUGUUCUUUUUUUUCACUUUGAACCAUAGCUAAGAUUGUCUCUGGCACAGAGUGUGUAUUCAAAAGACGAUUGUUAAAUAAAACUACAGAGAUCUGAAUAUUGUCUUAAGCAACAGUGGUUGAGAAACUUUACGUACCAGCCUGUCCUGUGGCUAGACCCAAGCAACGAUUGAUAAUGGUAGGUAGCACAACUUCACAGGUGUCAAGUUCAGACACUUUUAAACUAGAAAUGUGAAUCCAUAAAGACUUAAAAGACUUCCCUGAGGCUUGUAAUCCAUUCACAGGAGUUUAGGAAGCACUAAUUAAUGUUUUGUUAAGGCUACCUUUGCUUUUUAGCUUCAGCCAUCUUUUCUUGGUAAUGGCAUUUUGCACAAAGUUUAGACUUUGCAGAGCUUUAAUGGCAUCAGUGUGAAUACAUUAAAUUUCAGAUGGUGAAUUUUCAAUAGGUAAAGACAUAUUUUCACCGACUGGCUCAAAAUAACCUGUCAUUACUUACUAAUUCUGAAAAUACUAUAUGUCUUUUCUUAAUAGGCAGAUUAACAUUAGCAAAAACAGCGAAUUUUCCUUUCUGGAUUACUGAGUCACCUUUUAUUAGAAUAUUGGGCAAGUCUUCACUUACUCAGCCAGAUAGGUUGUGCUGUACUGGGUAUGCCCCUUGGACUUAGUAUAUUUACUUUUUUUUUUUUUUUUUCCUGCUUUCUACAUUCACUGUUUUUAAUUUAGGCUCAAUGUUCUCUUACCACUAAUCCCUGUCUUGGCUUUGUGAAUAAAGCACACAGACUGGCUUUUGCCUGUAGGUGAGAUGGUUAUUUAGAGUCUUGUUCUUGUUUUCUACCAAGCUUUACUUUGGACUUGUUUUCAUUUUGGGUUUUAAUAAUAAGAUAACCAAGAGCACGGGAACAUUAAGAAACUCAAGAGAUGGACUCUUUUGUUCUUCUUCUUCUUCUUCUUUUUUUUUCUUUUUAAGUCAAGGUUUCUGUGAAGCUUUAGUUAGCCUAAACUGGGCUUGAACUUGAAAUGGUCUGCCUUCAGCCUUUACCUACUUAGUGCUCAGAUUCCGCCGUGGCGGUCUGGUUUAUAAAUUCACUUACAAAAUAUUGGAGAUAAUAGCGUAGAAUACAGUCCGGUGUGGUGUCUUCCACAUCCUUUCCAAAUUAAAGCCCUUUCAAAUUCCUUGUAACAAGAAUAACAACAAAGUCCCUGUAACUUUAAUGUAUGAGCAACACGUCAGAAUAAGAUUGUAGAAACGAAGAUCAAAAAGGAGUGUGGAUGGAUGUAUUAUUUUCAGAUUAGCCUGCGAGACUUGGAUAACAAUUUCAGAAAUACUUUGGAAAAUAAAACGUACCUAGAGCAACUCCUCGGUAACUAGUAUCGAUAAAACAAGUAUGUCUUUACUUUGAUAAAUAGAAAACAGCAUUAACAAAACUUCAUGAUGAACUGGAGAACUCUCUUAACACAAGUCUCUGACAAGAGAAAAGACAAAAUUCUUUUCAAUGUCAAAUCACUUAGGCCAACCCAACAAAAGCACUUCGCAUCCCUCGCUUUGCUAGAAAGCAGCACUGAAAAGAAAUGAACGAAAUCCAGAGAGGCCAAACAGUGUCGACGUUCAUAGUAAAAACUACAAAAAAACGUCCGAAGAUUCUGGGUAAAGACGCACAGACGUGGAUGAAGGGUUACAGGUUGUUUUAUCAGACCUGGAAGACUUGCUGAAGAUAAACUAUUCUGUUCGCGUGUCUGCACACAGAAGCAGAAGCCCUUCCUGCCGCGGGAACCCUGGGAAUUGUAGUCGCGGAGCCACGAUGGCUGUAAAUUUGUUUAGCACUCCGUGGACGGCGAGCCCUUGGUUCCAAUUCAGUGUUCUGGGUCCUCAUAGGUCCGGUCUAGCUCACCAAUGAGCUACUAGGUUUGAGAACAUCCCGCCUCUGGUUGGGUGUCCUUCCUCACGUUGCUUCAUUUUCAGCCAAUGGGAUAAUAAAGCCAGCAGAGGUGACAGGGUCACCGCGGAGCCUGCAGCUCCUCCGCCGCCAGCGACUCAGCCCUGUGGUUCUUUGAGUCGGGCCGUGGCUCGGGGUCUUCGCCGCCCGUUGUCCGCCGUGGUGGGUGCGGCUCUGAUGCUGCGGCAGGCUCCGGACGCCCGGAGCUCUGGAGGGUACGUAGCCGGGGCCGAGGUGGGGCCGAGGGGCCGCUGCUGCGCGGGCCGGCCGCUGCGCCCGCCUCCUGCCGGCAUCCCGCGGGCUGCCUCGGACGGCUCCGGACGUGCUCUUCUCUCCUCUUCCUUCUGACCAGCCAGCCCGCCCUACGAGUAGCGGGUGUCCAUGUCGCGGCGUUCUUUCUGUAAAUCUGCGAGCCUCUGCGCGCAGGCCUCCAUUCAAGAGAAACUCGUGUACACAGGUGGUGGGCAUUUGUGCACUUAGCUGCUCCUUUGGUGAUACUGUCUCCUCAGCGCUUGCAGUAGAAGUUUCCCACUGGAAUUUAAGAAGCUUUUAUUCAUGUGCAUGUCAUAGAAGAUGAAUUCAUCCUCUUCUACUAUGAAUGAAGAACCUGAUGCUCUAUCAGUAGUUAACCAGCUACGGGAUUUAGCAGCAGAUCCACUAAAUAGAAGAGCCAUCGUCCAGGAUCAGGGAUGUUUGCCUGGCCUUAUUUUAUUUAUGGACCAUCCAAACCCUCCUGUCGUUCACUCAGCUUUGCUUGCGCUACGCUACUUGGCUGAAUGCCGUGCGAAUAGAGAAAAGAUGAAGGGAGAGCUGGGGAUGAUGCUGAGCUUGCAGAAUGUCAUCCAGAAGACUACAACUCCAGGAGAAACAAAACUUCUGGCCUCAGAAAUCUAUGACAUCCUUCAAUCCUCCAAUUUGGCUGAUGGUGAUAGUUUUAAUGAAAUGAAUUCGCGUAGAAGGAAAGCUCAGUUUUUUUUGGGAACUACAAACAAACGGGCCAAAACAGUAGUUUUGCACAUAGAUGGUCUCGAUGAUACGUCUCGACGAAAUCUAUGUGAAGAGGCCUUGUUAAAAAUUAAAGGUGUCAUUAGCUUUACUUUUCAAAUGGCUGUUCAAAGAUGCGUGGUGCGGAUCCGUUCAGACUUGAAGGCAGAGGCUCUGGCGUCAGCAAUAGCAUCAACCAAGGUCAUGAAAGCUCAGCAAGUUGUGAAGAGCGAGAGUGGAGAAGAGAUGCUGGUCCCUUUUCAGGAUGCCCCUGUGGAAGUGGAAGAGAACACAGAGCUACCUGACUACCUGCCUGAGGAUGAGAGUCCCACAAAGGAGCAGGACAAGGCAGUGUCCCGGGUUGGAUCGCACCCUGAAGGUGGAGCCAGCUGGUUGAGCACAGCAGCAAACUUUUUAUCCAGAUCAUUUUACUGGUGACUUCAACUUCAGUUUGGGGCUCAAGGACUGUGCAAACCAACAGGGGGCCAGCUUUCCAUUGUUGUGGUGAACUGUCAAGUGCAAUUUGCAAUAAAUUAUCAUGGAAAGUUUCUAGAUUACAUGACUAUGUAUGCUGCAUUUUACAUCUUAUUGGACAUUUUCCGCACAAGACAGAGGCUACAGGUCAAGUUUGUUUAUGAAGGUAUUUUGGUAUUGUUUUCCUUUGCUUAAUUGCCUCACAUUUUGUUCUGAAAAACAUGGGUCCACUGUUAAAACCGAAUGUAUGUGUAGCUUUAUUCUGUUUCACAGGCGCAUGUGAUUGGAAAACUCAUUUUCUCCUCCAGCCUCAGGAGACUUCUAAAAAGUUUUGCGUAGCUCAAGUUGUGCAUGAAUUACCGAAUAUAUUAUUUUUCAGCUUUUCUUCAUGAACGAUAUUUGACAUGUGCUUUGGUACCCUUCUCUGAAAGUUGAAAACCUACCUACUUAGUCCCUUCUGUGCCUUUUUUAUUUUGCCAACCAUGUUUUAUGGAAAAGACAUUAGCAAUUACAUUUUGCAAAUGGAAUUAUGUUCAUUUGAACAUAGAAGUACCUAAAAAGAAAAAAAAAAAACCUCUACAAAAAGCUGUACAGUCAUACUUGCUGUAAUUUUAAUAAGAUUACUGUAGGCCAGUUAAAACACAGGGAUAUUUGCUGUAAAGUGCUUUUGGAAGGAUUUGAAUGUGGCCAAGCCUGGCUCUGUUGACUCCUGCUCACCAGUUAGAGUGGCUUUUAAGAAUUAAGUCCACUGUGAUGUUUGAGCAGCAGAUGGUCUCUUGGCCUUACUCUGUGGUGACACUGUAUCCUGCUAGAGAAAAUUAAUAGUUUAAACAACUGACAAACUUGAAAAGGAAAUUGGAUGCCUAGAAUGCCGCAGUGCCACCUUGGUUGGUCUGAUGUCAGACAUCAACACAUACCCAUCCCAGAGAUGCUGGGCUUAUUGCCUUUUUGUGGUUAUUAAGAAAGGGCUGCAGUCAGUUUGACUAAAACGGGAUCCACGUUAUUGCUUAGAAAGGAAGCAAGCCAGCAGUGAUCACUUAUUCUUAUUCUUCAUAUCUAUCCAGAAAACUGACUUCAGUGAAGGUAAGAUAUAUACAGACAUACACUUGUGUUUUUCUUUAAGACUGAAGUACACGUAUGCGAUGCUUUCUUAAGAUUCUAACAUAUUUGACAACUAAUAUUUCUUUUUAGAAGUCAGCUAAAUCUAUUUAAAGGCAACAUCAUUAAAACUAACAGGAAGAAACUGAAAUGCAUCUUUACCAGGUAGAGCUGCUGUUUUGCUACUUGGAGAAAGUGAAGGGAAGUUGGACCCUGGAGGGUUUCCUUACAUCUUUGCUGUCUCUCUCUUAGAGAUCAUUGAAGCCAUCCAGUGUUGCUGAGGAGAAAUAACCGUACAAUCCUAUGGCCCAUGAGACCAUUAAGUUUAUUAACAUUUGGCUUUCUGGAAGGAGGGUGUUGAAGGCUUUUAGAGCAUUUUCCCCACGUCUGGUCUCUGAUUCAAGUGCUAUGUACAAGCAGAAAGCAGACAUUUUCAGGGCACAUCUCUAAGCUGUGUAACUGCUUGCUGCCAGAACCAGACGUGUUGAAGACAAAACAACAAAUCACCUCCUUUCUAGAUCCAUUAAAGCAAAGUUUACUUUCUGUUUCAACAGGUUUUUAUUUUAUUUUGCAUUGUCACACAUUUAUUUAAAAACUGUAGCCCUUUUGGUAGUGAUGGUCCAGGUCGGUUGGUAUUUCAGACUGAAGUUUGUGUGUGUCUAGGUGUUCAAGGACUCUCAGAGAUCUCAAGGCAACUAUAAUGGCAGUUUUUGAAAUAUAUUGUAAGAUAAUAAAAGAUAACAAUGAAAAUCAA